AAUAAAGUAAAAAGGAGGCAACUUUGCUGAUAAGUUAAUGUCGCAUUUAAUUUUCUGUUUACUAUUGGCUUAGUCCAUCUCUGUUCAACAUACCAAAAAAAAAAAAAGAAGUGUCUACUGGUUUCGUUUUAUUAUUCUAAGAUUUACCAAAAAAGAAAAAGAAAUAAAUAAUGACCAUCGAAAGUGAAGGAACCGAGAAGGAUAGUGGUAAAGAACAGAUUGACGAAAAAGAGAGAACAAUAACGCGCAGGCAACGUGAGGAAACACCAGAGCGCUCUUUAAACAAAAUAAAAAUUGAUAUAAACAUUAACCAUAAUACUAACAACAACAAAAUAGCGCCGAGCGCAGAAAUGGAAAUUAGUAUCGGUGAUGUAUACAUGAUAAGAAGAGGUGACGGCAACAGCCAUGCAGCCCAAAUUAUACAAUCGAGAGGAAUAGAGUCGUCAGCUGAAUAUUAUGUUCACUAUGUCGGCUUGAAUAGAAGAUUGGAUGAAUGGGUGACGAGAGAUCGCAUUACGGAUGCCACCGACGCUAAAACAAACGGCAAUACUGCAAUCGGCCAAGACGUUGCGGACAGUUUGGGGGCUAAAACUAUUAAGCAACUAAGUAAAGUAAGUAAAGAGCAAAUUGCGUCCUUAGAAAAUCCUUCACCUGUAGAAAAUACUGACCGCAAAUUAACUCGGAAUCAAAAACGACGACACGACGAAAUAAAUCAUGUGCAAAAGACGUAUGCUGAAAUGGAUCCUACGACGGCUGCCCUGGAGAAAGAACACGAAGCAAUUACCAAAGUCAAGUACAUAGAUAAAUUACGUAUCGGUCGUUUCGAAAUUGACACCUGGUACUUUAGCCCAUAUCCAGACGAAUAUGGUAAAGUAGGCACUCUAUAUGUGUGCGAAUAUUGCUUAAAAUAUAUGCGUUUCCAAAAAACUUACCGUUAUCAUGCAUCCGAAUGUACACAGAGGCAACCACCGGGCAAUGAAAUUUACCGCAAAGGCACCAUUUCCAUAUUUGAAAUAGACGGCAAAGAACAUAAACUGUACUGUCAAAUGCUGUGUCUUAUGGCGAAGUUGUUUCUGGACCAUAAAACACUUUACUACGAUGUGGAACCGUUUUAUUUUUAUGUCUUGUGUGAAAUUGAUAAGAGAGGGGCCCAUAUAGUUGGCUAUUUUUCCAAGGAAAAGGAAUCACCUGAGAAUAACAAUGUUGCCUGCAUACUAAUAUUGCCGCCUUACCAACGUAAAGGUUAUGGCAAACUCUUGAUUGCUUUUAGCUAUGAAUUAUCGCGACGAGAAGGCAUUGUGGGUAGUCCGGAGAAACCAUUGUCCGACUUAGGACGUCUUAGUUAUCGCAGCUAUUGGGCGUACACCCUUCUCGAGUUAAUGAGAGAUUGUCGUACCACAACACAAAGCAUUAAAGAGCUAAGCGAGCUCAGUGGCAUAACGCACGAUGACAUCAUUUACACGCUACAGUCCAUGAAAAUGGUUAAAUAUUGGAAGGGUCAGCAUGUCAUAUGUGUAACACCUAAAACGGUAGUGGAACAUUUACAGUUGCCGCAAUUUAAAAAACCAAAACUUACCGUUGAUCCAGCACAUUUACGAUGGUGUCCACCUAAACGUAACCCUGUAGGAAAGUUUAAUAAGAAAGCAUAAUUUUCCUUUUCAUUUAAGUAGAGAAUAAGUUCAAUAGUAGUACUAUUACAUAUUUGAUAAUAAUUGUAAAAUAAAAAAAUAUA